UCUAAUUAACUUCCCAGGCCACCACUGUACUUUCAUCUCUUUCUUGAAUUGCUUGAAAUGGCGUCCAGUUCAGCGUGGACAGCCAAGCAAAACAAGCGGUUCGAGAAUGCGUUGGCUGUGUACGACAAGGACACGCCGGACCGGUGGCGCAACCUGGCCAGGGCCGUCGGCGGCAAGACGGAGGAGGAAGUGAAGCGCCACUAUGAGAUGCUUGUGGAAGAUAUCAACCACAUUGAGUCCGGGAAAGUCCCCUUGCCCAAAUACGAAGCCUAUGCCGCCCAGGGCUCCUCCUCGUCCUAUGCACUCAUGCAGCAGGAGAAGAAGCUGCAAUAUAUGAAGCUUCAGUAGAGGGCGUUAAUGGCGGCCGGAGGGAAGCACAAGCAGUUCCGAUCCAGGACGAAGGAUCAACUCGAUAUAUAGGCAUUAUUAUUAUUAUUAUUAUUAUUAUUAUUAUUAUUAUUAUUAUUAUAUAAACAAAAUAAAAAUGACACCAGAAGAUUGUGCUAAGCUAGCUUCUUAUUUUUGCUUCCUUAAAAUUCUCGAAGUAGAUUAUAUUAUUAAUUAAUUAGCAAUGUACCAUGAACUUCA